AUGGAGAUCCGACGCACUUUGCCCCAGGAUUUCUGGGAGCUGCUGCACUGCCUGAAGAUGAGGAGCAAGUACGCCAUCCUGCUGGUCUUUGUCAUUGGCCUUGUCAUCAUCGAGAAGGAGAACAACUUCAUCUCCAGGGUGUCAGACAAGCUGAAGCAGUCCCCGCAGGCGCUGGCAGAGGCCAACGGCACGGACGCCAGCCCAGCAUCGGCCGAGAAUGGCUCGCUGGCCUCACUGCAAGAGCUGGACUCUGCCUUCUCCCGGCUGAGAGCCCACCUGCGCAAUGUCACCCUGCAGCUGGCAGGUGAUGAGCACCCCGGGCCACGGCGGCAUGUCCUGCUGAUGGCCACCACCCGCACCGGCUCCUCCUUUGUAGGGGAGUUCUUCAACCAGCAAGGCAGCAUCUUCUACCUCUUCGAGCCCCUCUGGCACAUCGAGAGGACGGUGACCUUCGAGCCAGGGGGAGCCAACGCCGUGGGCUCGGCCCUGGUCUACCGAGAUGUCCUCAAGCAGCUCCUCCUCUGUGACCUCUACAUCUUGGAGAGCUUCAUCUCACCGGCACCUGAGGGCCACCUGACACCCUUCAUGUUUCGGCGAAGCUCGAGCCGCUCGCUCUGCGAGGAGCCCGUCUGCACGCCCAGCACCAAAAAGGUCUUUGAGAAGUAUCACUGCAAGAACCGCCACUGCGGCCCCCUCAACAUCACCCUGGCCGCCGAGGCAUGCCGGCGCAAGCAGCACGUGGCCCUGAAGACAGUGCGCAUCCGGCAGCUGGAGUUCCUGCAGCCGCUGGUGGAGGACCCUCGGCUGGAUGUGCGCAUCAUCCAGCUGGUGCGGGACCCCCGGGCCGUCCUGGCCUCCCGCAUGGUGGCCUUCUCUGGCAAGUACGAGACCUGGAAGAAGUGGGCAUCUGAAGGAGAGACUCCCCUCCGUGAGGAGGAGGUGCAGCGGCUGCGGGGGAACUGCGAGAGCAUCCGUCUGUCGGCCGAGCUGGGGCUGCGGCGGCCGGGCUGGCUGCGGGGUCGUUACAUGCUGGUACGGUACGAGGACGUGGCGCGGGCGCCCCUGCAGAAGGCAGAGGAGAUGUACCGCUUCGCCGGGCUCCCCCUCACCCCUCAGGUAGAGGAAUGGAUUGGCAAAAACACGCAGGCACCGCGUGAUGGCAGCGGCGUCUACUCCACCCGCAAAAACUCCUCCGAGCAGUUCGAGAAGUGGCGGCUAGGACGAGGCAAGGACAAGACUCCCGUGGUGCCAGCAAGGACCCGGACCCCAGAGGCCUUACUGGUUUAG